ACUCCCCAGGCCUGUUAAAAAAGAAAAGAAGAUUUGUUUAUAAGGGAUGGUCAUUCUGCGCUGAGACGUGUAGCCUAAGCGAGCACUGGUGGCUGCCUUCGCUCGCGGCAGAGUUGCAGGGUUUGUGCUUGGCUCUGGACACAGGAGGCUUGGCAGGGCCGUGCUGCUGUCCCACCGCUGUGCUCCGCGCUCCUCGCUACAGGAAUGGCUGCAGGAACAGCUCCACAACAGCUCCUAGAGCCGCUCAAGAGGUCCACUCAAGAGUCAUUUAGGAUAGAAUAUGAUACUUUUGGUGAACUGAAGGUCCCAAGUGACAAAUACUAUGGUGCCCAGACUGUAAGAUCUACGAUGAAUUUCAAGAUCGGAGGUGUUUCAGAAAGGAUGCCAGUUCAAGUUAUAAGGGCUUUUGGCAUCUUGAAGAGAGCAGCAGCUGAAGUAAAUCAAGAUUAUGGUCUUGACCCAAAGAUUGCUAAUGCUAUCGUAAAGGCAGCGGAUGAGGUAGCUGAAGGAAAAUUAAAUGAUCACUUUCCACUGGUGGUGUGGCAGACUGGGUCUGGAACUCAAACCAACAUGAAUGUCAAUGAAGUCAUCAGCAAUAGAGCCAUUGAGAUAAUGGGAGGCAAACUGGGGAGCAAAAUCCCAGUACAUCCGAACGAUCAUGUUAACAAAAGUCAGAGUUCCAAUGACACUUUCCCAACAGCAAUGCAUAUUGCUGCUGCCCAGGAGGUUAAUGAGGUGUUGUUACCUGGAUUAAAGAAGCUACAGAAUGCACUUGAAGCGAAAUCCAAAGAGUUUUCCCAAAUCAUAAAAAUAGGACGCACUCAUACACAAGAUGCUGUUCCACUUACGCUUGGACAGGAAUUUAGUGGCUAUGUGCAACAAAUUAAAUAUGGUGUGGCUAGGAUUGAGUCAACCAUGCCAAGGGUCUAUCAGCUGGCAGCUGGUGGGACUGCAGUUGGUACAGGAUUAAACACAAGAAUUGGCUUUGCUGAGAAAGUUGCUGCUAAAGUGGCUGAACUGACGGGUUUGCCUUUUGUCACUGCUCCAAAUAAAUUUGAAGCCCUUGCAGCUCAUGAUGCUCUAGUUGAACUCAGUGGAGCUAUGAACACAGUGGCAUGUAGUCUGAUGAAAAUAGCUAACGAUAUUCGUUUCCUGGGUUCUGGACCACGCUCUGGACUAGGAGAACUCAUCCUGCCUGAAAAUGAACCAGGAAGCAGUAUCAUGCCAGGAAAAGUGAAUCCUACCCAGUGUGAAGCAGUGACCAUGGUGGCAGCCCAAGUUAUGGGAAAUCAUGUUGCUGUUACUGUAGGAGGUAGCAAUGGACAUUUCGAACUGAAUGUUUUUAAGCCCAUGAUGAUUAAAAAUGUUUUAAACUCUGCAAGACUUCUCGGAGAUGUUUGUGUUUCUUUCACUGACAACUGUGUAGUUGGAAUCCAAGCCAAUACUGACAGGAUCAACAAACUAAUGAGUGAAUCUCUGAUGUUGGUAACAGCACUUAAUCCACAUAUAGGGUACGAUAAAGCAGCCAAGAUUGCCAAAACGGCGCACAAGGAGGGGACGACGUUAAAAGAAGCCGCCAUAAAGCUGGGGUUCCUCACGUCAGACCAGUUCGACCAGUGGGUGAAGCCUAAGGACAUGUUGGGACCCCAGUAACUGCUUGAAAAUAAACGCGUUCUUAACUUAAAAGCGAAUAAAACAAAAGAAAUGUGA